AUGCCCCUGGCGGGACACUUGUAAAAUGGCGGCCGGACAAACUUGGUUCACAGCAACAGGAGGUUCGGGUUAGGUCGGCGCUUUUCUGGGGUUCACGGCGACUUCUUACCCUGUUGAGCUGACCUGUGCGACUAUGGGGAUCUGAGAACACGGUAAACAGACUGGUUGCCAUGGCAAUACCCGCCUGAUGCCUGCACACCUUGAGGCUGACAGGAGAGACAGUGCCCUACAUACCUGUGUGUUACCUAGCAGGGAGCCAGCAGUGUCCCCACAUUCGGAGGCUGGCAGAGACUGUGUCUUGGUACCUGUACCUGUACACGUACCUGUACCAGUACCUACACCUGUACCUGUACCUGUACCUGCACCUGUAUGUACUGUAGCAGGGAACCAUCUGUGGCGGCACCAAAAUGAAGAGUCUGAGAGCAAAGUUCAGGAAAAGUGAGGCCCAGGAGUGGGGUAAACACGACGAGAGACUGUGGCAGGCAGUGGAACAGGGUGAUGAUGAGAAGGUUGUUGCAGAGCUGGGGAAGAAGGCUUCCCCCUCCAAGAUGGGCCCUGAAGGGACGUCAGCGUUCCACCUGGCUGCCUCCCAAGGCCAGCUGGAGUGUCUGGACAUCAUCGUGGCUCACGGGAUAGACGUCCUGCUGACAGACACGUUCGGGAGAACUGCAGCUCACUCUGCAGCCAGAGGGGGCAGCGCUGAAUGUGUAGAGCGGUUACUGCAGAAAAGGUGCCUGUGUCCAGUGAAGAUACAGACGGAAUGUCCCCUUUACACCAUGCAGCUAUCGGAGGCCACAUCUCAGCAGCCCUGGUCCUGUUGCAGCACCAGGCUCCCAUCAAUGCACAGGACAAGGAGGGUAAGACCCCCCUGAUGCAUGCUGCCAGUCUGGGACAUGUGCACAUGGUGAAACUGCUGGUGGAUCAGGGAGCGGACAUGAAUGCACAGGACGGAGUCACUAACAGUACUGCCGUGAUGCAGGCGUGUGAGCGCGGAAACACGGACGUGGUCGAACUCCUGGUCAGGAAGGGGGCAAAGGUCGACCUACAGGACGUGCUGGGGCAGACGGCCGCCGACUACGCCAAGUCGUCCGGACACGCCGAGCUCAUAGCCACGCUCGAGAUGGCGCCC